AUGAAAGACCGAGACGCAGCAGCUCCUGGCUCUCAUACGGAAAAGGAUCGUAAUGCAACGCCAAAGACACCCGGCGGACAGGUUCACUUGGAUACGUCUCGACUUGUCCUACGUGCGGCGCGGACCGAGGAUGCCGAAUCAUUAAACGAGGCUUUCAAGGACCCUGAGGUGAUGCGAUACUGGAGUGAGCCUGCUCACUCUUCGAAAGCCCGCACUGAGGAAUGGGUGUCUGGUAUGGUCGGAGGGUCUCAGAAUGGGCUUACAGACUUUGUCAUCUGCUUGAAGCCGGACAUGAUGUCGAUUGGCAAGAUCGGGGUGUGGCAGGACCAGGAGAUCGGCUUCUUACUCGCAAAAAGACACUGGGGAAAGGGGCUGGCGUUCGAAGCGCUGCAAAUCAUUCUACCCUAUCUGUUCGGCACAGCAGGAUUCUCUUUCCUGACAGCCGAUAUCGACCCUCGAAAUAAAGCCAGCGAGGGCUUGCUUAGAAAGGUUGGAUUCGAGCUUGAUGGGUACCAAGAGCGGAGCAUGCAGAUAGGAAAUGAGUGGGUUGACAGUCAGUACCUUAAGCUAACCAAAGCACGCUGGGAGCAGAUAUGUCUCGGAGCAGCGACGGACUUUGAGAAAGCACAGGCCUGGUAG